GCAGAGAAGGUCACCUGUGUCUGCUACAGCUUUUCUGUUGGGCAGGAGCCGGGAUCUCUGCUGGGCAGGAUGCCCGUGGUUAUGGCAGUAGCACUGGUCAUGGCACUCCUGACAUUGGGGAUUUUGCUCUUCUUCGUGCUCUUCAGGCGAAACCGCAACCAUUCAAAAUCCUCAGAGGACAACAGCACUGUCCCCCUGCGAAGAUGUCGAGGAGGUGUGUGCAAGAUGAACACACAGAUCCCAGUGGAGGAACUGCUGGAGGCUCUGAAGAGGUUUAAGAGGGCAGAAAUAGAGGCAGAGCAGGCAGAGGAUGAAUCAGUCGACAGGCAUGAUGCUGGGCGUCUGAGAGAGUAUCAGCAACUGUCCUCCACUUUGCUGCAUCCCUGCAAUGCCGGGAAGGAGCUGUGCAAUCAGAGCAAGAACCGCUACACCAGCAUCAUCCCUUACGAUCACUGCCGUGUGGUGUUGCAGCCCACUGACACAGGGAACGGAUACAUCAAUGCCAGCUACGUGGAUAGCUACCGGAGUCCACGCUUCUUCAUUGCAGCUCAAGGACCCUUGCCUGGGACAGUCAUGGAUUUCUGGCAGAUGGUCUGGCAGGAGAAGAUCUCAGUCAUUGUCAUGCUGACGGGCUUAGUGGAACAAAACAAGACCAAAUGUGAACAAUAUUGGCCAGAACAAGAGCAUGUCUAUGGGGACUUCACCGUGACACUCAACAACACCAGGACCACCACGGGCCUUGUCACGCGCAUCUUCUGCCUGCGUAAGGCAGGCUGUGCUCUCCCAAGAGUGGUGGAGCAGUUUCACUACCUGCUGUGGCCAGACCACGGGGUGCCCAGAAACCCUGCCCAGCUCCUGUGGUUAGUGGAGGUGGUGAACAAGAGGGGGUUGGAAGCACCCGCUGGACCUGUGCUGGUGCACUGCAGCGCAGGGAUCGGGCGGACAGGUACCUUCAUCGCCCUGGACUUCCUCCUAAAGAUGGGGAAGGCUGAGGGGAAGGUGGAUGUGUUUCACUGCGUCCAGAGGCUACGGGAGCAGCGGGUCAGCAUGGUGCAGACCAAGGAGCAGUACAUCUUCUUGUAUGAGGUGCUGCUGGAAGGCUUGCUCUGCGGCAACACUGGGAUCCCAGUGGAGAACAUUGCCAGCCAUGUCCGCUGUCUUCGAGAAGCUGAGACCUCAAGGCACAACAAUAUCCUGGAGAAGGAGUUCAAGAACCUGCAGAAGUUUUCUGAGUUGUUCCAGCUCUUGCCAUGCAGAGAGGCGGAGAAGCCCAGCAACCAGCCCAAGAACCGCAAGCCAGGGAUUCUGCCAGCCGAUUCCUACCGCCCCAUCCUGAUGUCCUCACUGAAUGCAGAGGGCUCGCCAGGCUACAUCAACGCCGUGUUUGCCAACACUUACACUGAGGAUGACAGGUUCGUCAUCACCCAGCUGCCUUUCCUCAGCACACUGGUGGACUUCUGGGCUCUGGUCUGGGAUUACACCUGCACGUCGGUGGUUGUGCUGAACCGGCUGGAGGAGCUGGACAAGACAUACGUGGAGUUCUGGCCCACCCAGGGUGAAGCUGCCUAUGGCCGUUUCCAUGUCCAUUUGAUCUCAGAGGAGCCCGGAGAUGACUUCACAGCCUGGACACUUGCCCUCAUCAACAUGCAGCAGCCCAAGAAGUCUGCACUGGAAGUCCGGUUCUGGCAACUGAAAAACUGGCCCAUUCAGCAACGUCUUCCCCCGCACCCUGCCACCAUCAUCAGCCUGCUAGGGAAGGUGGAGACACACCAUCGCCAAAGCCAAAAUGGACAUAUCCUCGUCACGUGCUGCGAUGGCGCCAGCCGGAGCGGAAUCUUCUGUGCUGCAAGUUUCCUUUGUGAGCAGAUCCAAAGUGAGGGGCUGGUGGAUGUAGCCCAGGCUGUGAGGACGCUGAAGAGGCGGCGGAGACAGCUGAUUAAAGAUGUGGAGCAGUAUGGGCUCUGCUAUGAACUAGCCCUCAGUUACUUGAAUUCAUUUGAAACCUACGGGAAUUUCAAGUAGAGGCAUGGCCACAGCCCAUCUCUGUCCAGGACUUUGACUCUCUUGACAGCCCUCCAUCAGGCACAGUGGAAACCAAAACAGUCAAGAGGGGUGUGCACAGCUCCAAGAUGCUUAACUCCCAUGAAAAGCCAGCCCAAGUGUUCUCUGCGGCUGGAGUGCACAGGCUGGACCAUCUCCAAAUUGUGGUCAGGCUUUGAAGAGGGGAUAUGACCUUUUGCCCAGAGUUUGCACAGGAAUUUACCUGGAAUUACAGCCUGAGUAUACAGAUCAGAACAGAGGCACCAGGACUUGAUUGUGCUGGGGAUAAAGAGAACCAGAUGUCCCAUCCAGACUCCCUUGUACCUUCAGGCAGCCUCAGGGAAAGUGGGGUAGCUCCACCAAUACCCAAACUGUGUUUUGCCAGGGGAGCAUCACUGUAAGAUCUGCGAGGCUCAGAAGCACAGGCUAUCUGUCCUACUUUGGGAGAAGCAUGGAGCCCAAGGCCAACAAAAGCCAAAAGAGGGACAAUCCACAGUCCCAUAGUGCUAUCCUGGUCCUUCCCACCCCACACAAUCCCUUCUUGGAGUUCCAUGUACCUGAUGCUGAUGCAGGUGCCACAGCCCUGCCAGCCCCAGAGAGGCUCCCUCACCAGCCUGUCUGACUCCACCAUGGAAGUCCAUGCUUGUAGCAGCUCACCUCAGAUGUGUUGUUCCAGAAGGCUGCUGCACCAUGGAGACUAGUUCUGUCUUUGCUGCUUAAGGGCAAGGGGUAUCAGAGCCAGGACUGGCCCCAUGGCUCUGUUCUGUGUUUCAUCAAUAAAGACUCU